UACUUGUUCGACAUGAUGUUCUACACUCAACUUUUCACGUCCAAACGAGGCCCAUUAGCUAAAAUCUGGCUAGCAGCGCACUGGGAGAGGAAACUCACCAAGGCUCAUGUGUUUGAGUGCAACCUGGAAACCACCAUUAGAGACAUCAUUUCCCCAAAGAUGAAAAUUGGAUUGAGGACUUCAGGCCACCUGCUUCUUGGUGUGGUCAGAAUCUACUCCAGGAAAGCAAAGUAUCUCCUUGCAGAUUGUAAUGAUGCUGUGGUCAAAAUUAAAAUUGCAUUCAGGCCAGGUCAAACAGAUAUGCCUGUGGAGGGCCUUGAAGCCACAGUAAAAGCGAUUACUUUGGUUGAAGAUUUCACUGCAUUUGAUGCUCAGUUUCCAGACCCCAGCGACAUCGAUGUUGUGGACCACUUUUCACUGAACCAGUGCAAACCAGAGGAAAUCACGCUGAAAGAGAAUUUUGGGAGCAACUUCCUGAGCUUCCCAGACUUUGGAUUUGAGUCACAGAGCCAGACGAACACUCUGCUGGACAGAAGCUUUGACAACUUGGCUCCACAUGAAGAUGCCUUUGGGGAUGAAGAGAAUGGAUUCGACAUUCUUGACUUUUUAACCUACCCCAGUGAUGGUGCUGAGCUGUCACCCUUCAUCCUGGAAGAGCCACAGAAUGAAGAUCAGCCGAGCUCCUCGGUGAACGAUCACCAGAAUCAAACAGAUGUGGACAUGAGAGCACCCAUGGAGGCAGCGGCCCCCACACUAAAUGAGACCACCCUGCUCACCAAAGAGGGGGCAGCCUUCACCCUGGAGCCAGUGGCUAUCACUCCAAACUCCAAAAAGAAGAUCGGAAAGAGGAGACGCAAGUUGGUGGUGGACCAGACUAAAGAACUGAGCGACGAGUUCAUCAGAGAGCAGCUUUCUGACUAUUCAGACCUGGUUGCUCCUUUGGACAUGGCCCCGCCCACUGUGCAGCUCAUGCAGUGGAAGGAGAGCGGAGGUGCUGACAAACUCUUCUCACAGCCGUGUUCCACUCCGAUAAACCCACAGAUAAAAGAGCUCUUCAUCAAAAUUCUCUUCAAGAAGAAAUAUUACCGUGCGAGCGAGGAGGCUGAGGAAAUGCGUCAAGACAGACAAGAAGCUCAGAGCGACUUCAGCGCUCUCACAGAAAACCUCAGCGUUGUAGACUCAUCUGUGGAUACUGAAAACACACACCGCACCGAGCUGACGGGCCUUGAACACAACACUGACGACUGUGAGACUAAUCCAGAGCGCCUACAGCAGGAAAACGGGUCACAGUUCACCCAUCCAGAGCUCCCAUCAGAAGACUCCAUGUUUGUUCAUCCGUCCUUCGUGGAGCACAACACUCAAACGUCCCUCCACACUCAGUCUCUGCUGGACAGCCAGGACACCGAGGAGAGGAUUACCAGGAGAGCUCAGAGGCUGCUGAGUGCUCUAAAACAGAAGCAGGUCAGCAGAGACCCAACGUUCAGCCUGCAGGCUCUCUGUGAAGGCAGCACUCGAUCGCAGGCUGCAGCCACGUUCCUCCAUCUUCUGGUCCUGAAGAAACAAGAAGCCGUCCACCUGCACCAGAGCGCUCCUUACCAGGACAUCAGUGUCACACCUGGACCCAAGUUCUACAGCUAG